AUGUCCCGCCGCAAGAUCUCGUCGGAGUCCUUCAGCUCGCUGGGCUCGGACUGCCCGGAGACGAGCCCCGAGGAGGAGGGCGAGUGUCCCCUGUCCCGCCUCUGCUGGAACGGCAGCCGCAGCCCCCCCGGCCCCGCCGACACCCCCUUCUCCGCCGCCGCCGCGGCCACCACCGGGGCGCGCCGCGCUCCGCGCCGCCGGCGGGUCAACCUGGACUCGCUGGGCGAGAGCAUCCGCCGCCUGACGGCCCCCGCGCCUCAGACUAUUCGGCAAACUCUUCAAAAGACACUGCAGUAUUUUGAGCAUCAAGUUAUUGGUUACAGGGAUGCAGAGAAGAAUUUUCACAAUAUAUCAAACAGAUGCUCCUACACAGACUGCUCUGGUAAUGAAGAAACUGAGGAUGUCUCAGGAAUUCUCCAGUGUACGGCUAAUGUACUUGGUCUGAAGUUUGAGGAAAUGCAAGAAAAGUUUGGGGAGGAAUUCUUCAAUAUCUGCUUUGAUGAGAAUGAAAGAGUUCUUCGAGCUGUAGGUGGGACUCUUCAAGACUUCUUCAAUGGCUUUGAUGCUUUGCUGGAGCAUAUUAGAACUUCAUUUGGAAGACAGGCCACCCUGGAAUCCCCUUCUUUCCUAUGCAAAGAACUCCCCGAAGGCAAUCUCAUGCUUCAUUACUUUCACCCACAUCAGAUUGUGGGAUUUGCAAUGACAGGAAUGAUAAAAGCAGCAGCAAAGAAGAUUUACCACUUGGAAGUGGAAGUAGAACAGGUCACAAAUGAUAAGUUGUGUUCAGAGGGGUCAAACCCAGGUAACUGCAGUUGUCUGACUUUCCUUAUCAAAGAACAUGAAAAUGCAAAUAUCACAAAAGCACUUCCACCAGGAACUUCCCAGUCCCCCUUAGACCUGAGGAUUAGCAUCAGCACCUUCUGCAGAGCUUUCCCUUUUCACCUGAUGUUUGAUCCAAACAUGCUGGUUCUCCAGCUUGGAGAAGGCCUUAGGAAGCAGCUCAGAUGUGACACUCAUAAAACCCUGAAAUUUCAAGACUGCUUCGACAUAGUUUCUCCUAAAAUCAGUGCCACAUUUGAACGAGUUCUCCUGAGAUUAUCUACUCCCUUUGUCAUUCGGACCAAACUUGAGGAUUCCGACUCUGAAAAUAAAGAUAAGGUGAUGGAAAUUAAAGGACAAAUGAUUCAUGUACCAGAAUCAAAUUCUAUUUUGUUUCUUGGUUCUCCAUGUGUGGAUAAGCUGGAUGAACUGAUGGGCCGAGGCCUCCAUCUUUCAGACAUACCUAUCCAUGAUGCUACUCGUGAUGUCAUAUUGGUUGGGGAGCAAGCAAAGGCACAGGAUGGCUUGAAAAAACGAAUGGAUAAGCUGAAGGCAACACUAGAAUGUACACACCAAGCCCUGGAAGAGGAGAAAAAGAAGACAGUAGAUCUCCUUAUUUCUAUUUUCCCUGAAGAAGUGGCUCAGCAAUUGUGGCAGGGGCAGCAGGUUCAGGCCAGGAAGUUUGAUGAUGUCACCAUGCUCUUCUCAGACAUUGUUGGCUUCACUGCCAUCUGUGCUCAGUGCACGCCCAUGCAGGUCAUCAGCAUGCUGAACGAGCUCUACACGCGGUUUGACCAUCAGUGCGGAUUCCUGGACAUCUACAAGGUGGAAACAAUAGGCGAUGCAUACUGUGUUGCAGCAGGGCUCCAUAAGAAAAGCCUUAGUCAUGCUAAAGCCAUUGCCCUAAUGGCAUUGAAGAUGAUGGAGCUUUCAGAAGAGGUUCUCACUCCCGAUGGAAGCCCUAUUAAGAUGAGGAUAGGCAUUCACUCAGGUUCAGUGCUGGCUGGUGUUGUUGGCGUAAGAAUGCCACGCUAUUGUCUCUUUGGGAACAAUGUCACCCUUGCAAGCAAGUUCGAGUCAGGAAGUCACCCACGCCGCAUCAAUGUCAGUCCCACCACGUACCAGCUUUUGAAAAAGGAAGAAAAUUUUAUUUUUAUCCCUCGUUCCCGUGAAGAGCUUCCAGAAAACUUUCCAAAGGAAAUUCCUGGGAUCUGUUACUUCCUUGAGGUCAGAAGUGGUCAGAAGCCGCCAAAACCCUCCAUCACAUCUGCCAGAGUGAGAAAGGUUUCUUACAACAUUGGCACCAUGUUCCUCCGGGAGACUAGCCUAUGAGGCCUGCUGCAGAUCAAAGACUCGUCAAAAAAGCACAAGCCCAGAACUGGGUCAUGACAGGGGAGUUGGAAGUUCUUUGUAUGUCUCUGCUUUGUUCUGAACAGGCGGUAAAAGCUCCAUGAAAUGUCAGGCAAUAAUCAUUUUAAAAGGUGGGUGACUGCUGUCCGUAAACAAAGUAGAGAUAGGAAAAAAAUAUUAAGCAACUUAUUUCCACUUCCAGAUGAAUUUCUUUCAUAAACUUCAGUCUGGCCCCUCUAUGGCAAACAAAACGAAACAACACCCCAACUCUCAAAUUAGAGGUUGGUUUUGUUUUGUGUGGAAAUGAUGGUGGUUCUCUGUAGAUUUGCACCAGCUAAGCAGAAUUGAGAGUCAGUUCUGAUUAUGCAUUCCUACAUUUAAUGUGUUCUUCAGUAAGGUAAUGAUGUUUUUUAACUUUAUGAACAAGCAUUUCAUACAUGUACUGUAGAGCUGUUGUAACCUUCCUGGCAGGAGGAAUUAUAAUUUAAUACAAAUAUUGUAGGAAUUUUACCUAUUUUUAUACAUAUUUCAGUUUCUGGAUAAUUACAUUCCACAUACUGUAAGCUGAGUGAGCUUAGAUAGCUUUUCAGAAGAAGUUGCUGUGUAUUUCAUACAUUUUACCAAUCAAAUGUAUUAUUAUACAAGUAGGAAGAAGGCAUUUCUUGACUUUUUUUGGCAACAAAAAUACCAAUAUUUUACAGGAAAAAGACCCCAGUUUGGUAAAUCUCUUUACCUGAUGUUUAUGCUAAAGCUUUAGAUGAGCAUUGUCUUCUUAUAUAAAAUAAUGUGCAGUAUUUGUCGUACAGUGCUGUAUGUCUAGUCUUUCCAGAACAAUGCAAACAAAGUGCAGAAGAUCAAUAUGUGGACAAAUAGAAAAGUUCUCUGCAGUGGGGCUUGUUUGCCCUCUAAAUUAUCAGUCAAAAUGAAUUUUGGUAGAAGCCCUGAACUUUUUUUAAAAAUUUGCUCUUGUGAAAACUUAUUCUGAGGAAUUCCAGCAGACACUGGAAGCUCUCUGGGUACUAGUUUUCCACAUUUUUUAUUUGGACUUGUGCUUCUAGUCCAGAUUGAUUAUUUCAAAUCCAAUCUGUUAAUAAUGAUUGCUCAUAUGGAAAUUUCCUCUAUUGCUGGAUUGGCUUGAAGGUCUCCUGCUUUAUCUAAUGAAGACCAAAAAACCACCAAAAAGAGGAAGGCAGUACUUUCCCUGGUUAAUGCAAAUGGCAGUUCAAGAUUUAGAUUAGUCCAGGUCAAUUGAAAAAAAAAAAAAGUCCAGUUCUUUGCUGUUGUAAAUGAAUAUAGUAUUAUUUCCUUCAGUUAAUCCAGUUGAAGUAAGAUAUGUAUCUGUCCCCUAAUAGGCACGUUUUCAGCAUUGCUUAUUUCUCAGAUUUUUCUUUUCAAAGUAAUGGCAGACAGUUUUCCUCUGUAGGUGUACUGCCUUUGGGGUUGUACUGAUGUGGGCUGAUGUUAUUCUGCGCUUGCAUAUUGUUAGUUAAAACUUGUGCACUGAUUCAAAGUGGCUUUGCUUUAUGUGAGCCUAAUCAAAGCUCACUGUAAUCAAAGGUAAGACUCAACAGCACUAGGAGGCAUGAAAAACUUUGCAUUUAUCUAAUCCAGACCAGAAGUGAGUUUGCUUAUGGAUUUAGUAGCCAUAAUGUGAGACACGUUAUGAAAAUAAGUAAAUAACUUUCACCAUAUGUCCAGAUUAUCCAGUUAGAUCUUUCUGUCUUGAACCCGUACAGACUUCAGCCUAUCAAAGACAUCUGAAUUUAUUAUGCAGGAGUGUUUUUUUUUUCUUGCCUGAGGAGGGUAGGUGCAUCGGAAUUAGCCCAGAAAUUUACUUAAAUGGACAUUCACUCACUUUAUAGAGCAACACUGAUGUUAGAACAUUGAUAUUAGAGCAUCUUUGGGAUUGGAGGAGUUAAUCUUUUAUCUGCCCUCAUAAACAGCAUCUGCAGCUCUAUGGCCUGUCUGAAAAAUGACUUAUUGAAAAAUGACUGUUCAAGCUUGAGGUUGCAGAAUUUCCACCCAAACUACAGAUCUGAGAAUUUUCUGCCCAGGAUGACAAGUUUUAGCCUAUUAGUUUGCACAGACACAGGAUGUAGCGUGCAUUUUUUCCCUGGGAACACCAGUGAGACAUGCAAGAAUCAUAAAUGGAUCAAAGUUCAUGUUUCACCACUGAAAGAGGAACACUAUUUCCUAGCUAAUAAAUCUGUGGUUUUGAUAUCUAUACCUAGUUCCCUAGAGUGAAAAUUUCUCAAAUAGCUGUCAGUAGAUUGAGAUUUCAUUCUGACUUCACUGGCACAUCCUCAUUGUUCAGUAGGUGCUGAUGUCAGAGUGCCAAUUUCUCUGGCCAAGCUCUUUUUCUCGUCUCACCACUCACAGUCCUGUGUGAUGAGAACAAACAUAGAGGUUUGGACCAAAAGCUUGUGGCUCAACUUGUCUCUGACAGUUGCCAGUAGGAAAUGCCUUACGUUAAUUCUGUAGCUGAUCUUGUUUGAUGGAAACAUUUUCAUAGGAAAUGGUGGAUAAAUGCUAAUUCUGCUAGCAAAUUGGAGAAGCCAUCUAAAACAGAAUGUAUCACCAUCCUCAUCCUCUCAGAGACUCUUUAUUGCAUAAGGAAAUUUAUAAUCACAGAGAUGCAUGGUGUCAGCAUCACCAUGGAGACAAUGACAGUGUUUGCAAAUAAGUCACCUAACUCCCCAAAUUACAGCAGACUUACUGUAUAAGAAUAUAUAGUCUCUGCUUUUUAUAAGCUUGUGUAAAGGUAGCAUACCUAGAACUUCAGCACUGAUGCUAAGUAUUAUGUUAUUGUUUCUGUGUUAUGACAAGGGAAGUUAAUAAAAAAAUGUGGGCUAUCUAGGGACACUUUUCUAUGUUACUGUGAGAAAAGUGUAAAACAAAUUCUCAGCACUUUUUAACUUUGUGGUUGCAUCAGCUGCCUUUAAUUUUAGGUUGCAAGGUUUUUUUGUUGGACACCUUUAUGAAGUUAAAUGAAAUUUAUUAUCAAGAUUGAUGCUGUGAUGCCACAUAGGUGGUAGUCAGAUUCAAUGUUUCUUCAACAACACUUACUUUUAGUGAUAAGGAAAGUGUUCUCAUUUGCCUGGCAUUGUCUUCAUAAAUAAAAAAGUUCUCAGAAUAUUAUACCUUGGAAUGAUGAAGAGGAGAAGUUAGAGGUGCUGAAAUGGAUGCAGAAACCAUAUACUGUAGUUAAAACUUUCUUUCAACAUUUUCCUUCCUAUAAAACAGAUGAUCUUUUGUUCCUCUGAGUAAGAAUGUACAUGCUUCUGUUUCUUCACAUAGCUGCAAGUAGCCACAUCUGCUGUCUUGAGUUUCUGUUUGGAACAAAUCCACCCCUCUGAAGAGAGAGGGAGGAGAUCUACUGCAUAGUGCCUGAACAAGGCAAAGGAAAGCUGACGUGAGGACCCUAUCUGGGCUCAUUGGUCUCUUUGUCGCAAACCUGUUUUCUGUGCAGCUUCCCUCUGCUCCAAUCUCAGAGAGACGAGAGACCAUGAACUGAUCACAGAGGCAGAUCCAGUGGCCUUUUUUUUUGUACAAAAAUCAUGAGGCCCAAGUAAACAGAGCCAACAGUCAUUCCCCCAGAGCACUUUUUACAGAUUUGUGUCAGAUUUUUCUGCCUGAUUGAAGCUCCCCAUCACACAGGCUUUUCUGUGAUGCAGUGCAUAGAGGUCAGGAACUCAGAGCAAGAAGGAAAUAGUGAUUGAUGGAAGUGUUAGAGUGGUGGAUAAAUUUUGUUCUGAAUCACUCUGGUAAUAUUUGCCAUUCAAAGACAAAAUCCUCUGCAUGGGAGAAUUGCUACUAAGCUGGGACUCUACAAGUGUGGUUUUCUUGCAGGAUCCCAAAGGAUAUUUCUUUUUUUAAUUCCACAGAGCCAAUAGUCAUUAACUGUGAUUGUGGUUUUGGCUUCAAUGCUCAUUCCCACAACCAGUUUCAGAUCUGAGUCUGUUUAGAAAGGCUUUUUGAAGUCUGGAAGCGUGCCUCUGCAAACAGAAAACCAAAGCUUUUAAAACCUGGGAAAUCUUGUAUGGGAAUUGUCUGUUCUGAAGAAAUGCUUGUGGUUGAGUCAUUAACAGGUCCUACUGCAGUUCAUGUAUGCAUAUACCAUUUCACAAUGCUAUCUCUUCCUGUGCUCAUGGUGUUCCCUACCAAGCCUAACAGCAGGAUCAGGCAUAUUUAACAACCCUCUUUCAGUUUUUCCUAUAUAAACCAAGCAGUGCAAAAUCGUGACAUGUUGCAUGUAUUUAGAAGUAUCAGCACUGCACUGUGGCUUAAACUCUGAUAACCAGUUUCACAUUGCUCUGAAGAGAUCCUUCUCCCCAGCCAUUUAAAAAUGAAGGGAAAAAAUAUCAACAAAUCUGCUGUGUUGAAUUGCAAAUAAGUCUGAAACCUGCAUCAGUUGUUGGGGCAAGUUUAACUGCUGGACAGCUUUCAAAUUCUUCAGCUGUCACCAGCUGUCACACUUGCAUGCUCAUGCAGACCAUCCUGACAAAAAAUCUGUAAUCCAACAGCAGCAUUGCAAACUUAGGACAUUUUCUGGAUUUUCCUCUUCAGGUCUCAGGCCACUACUUCACCUCUGCUGAGUUAUCAGAGCUAACUGAGAAGAGCUAAUUCCCCAUCCUAAUGCAGUCUCAGAGCUUCUGGCUUCAUUUUUGGGUUCUGGGGAUCUCUUCCAAAAUUUUACAUGUGUAGUAUUGGAAAUAGCAACAUGCUUAAAUUAGCAACAAAACAAGAAGCUUAAAAAAGCUUGUCAAACUCAGAAACAGUUGGUUCCCUUCCCUCAAGGUAAUACAUUAUUCAUAGCACUGUACUAGGAUUGAGGGUGCCAGUGACAGUAGAGGCUGUGGAUGAAUUGAAGAUGCUGAGUGUGCAGGAGAUUCAAUAGGCAGGAGUUAAUUGGCUUCUGCUACUGUUUAUAAUUCCAUCAUCUUGCAUGCUAUGUCCUGCUCUUGGUCAGGCUUCUGCUAUUCAAAAGACCCCCACUUUCCUUCUCUUAUUACACUGUGUGUGAUAUAGAUGGUGAAUAAUUUCUAUUAUUGUUCUUAUUAGCAUAUAUUGUUGACAUGGCUGCUUAUAUCUAAAGAAUAACUGGUGUUAAGGGGCUGAUGUUUCUCUUCCUUGCAGCAAAGACAAAACUGCUACAAUGACAUGGCAGGCACUCACACCCCUAGAGAGGGAGAAGACUGCAGUGCAAAUUGUCACUGGUGGAUUUGGGUGAAGUUAGUGCAUUAACAGUCCAUGGCGUGUUCUUAGUAUGUUUUAUCUGUGCAAAUAGAAUGUUUUAUCUGUGCAGAUAGGAGUUACUUCUUAACAACAUUACUAAUUUGCAAUGCAUGAGCAGGCUUACAACAAAAAUCUGUAAACUGUUUAACCUCAUAAACAUGAUUGAUUUUUGUGGUUUGGCUGUUAAUCACACAUGAAAAAAAGAAAAACAGUGAAACUGAGGAAGGCAACAAUUCAGUCACAGGCAACAGGUCGUUCACCUCUGCACAUGCUUACUUGUUCCUGUGGCUUUGAAAGGUUGACCUCCAGUUAUCUGUGGUCCAGGUUAGUAUCACUGUGUCACUAUGGCAACGAAAUGGCCUAUGAAAAAUAGCAUGAAGCAUUUCAGUCUGCUUCCCCCUGGGCUGGGGUUCUCAUUAAAGAGGCAAAUAUAACAUGUGAUGCAAAGCGGCAACUUUGCUGGCAACCUUAGCAAAAGGAUCAGUGGAGGCAGAUGUUAAGCCAGCUGUUUUCUCCAGGGACUUUAGUUUCCAAAGGUAGAGUAAGACAGAACAUGUUUUAUUUUGGACAAAAAGAUAAGACAGAAUUUCAGAGAAACAAGUGUUUACCAGGGAGGCAGCAGAUUUAAAGUGAAUCAAGAGCGACACACUGGCUACCUUGGCUGCAGCAGUGCCUUCAGCUCUCUGGCCAACUUUGGCAUUCCAAGAAUCAAGUUUCCUCUGAAGACUGGGGGACAGAUGAGUGUUUCAGGCACUUGUCCCAUCUGCUCUAGAUACAGCAUGAGGCUGCCUGAAUGCCUGAGCGUGCUUAACUUUCUCAGUGACCACAGAUGCAAAUCUAGACUAGAAAUCUGUUUUUUAAGAUGGCCAAGUGCGAUCGAUCCCACUGAAUUACAUUCUUUUCAGCCCAGGUGCUGUUUCUCAGAUCUAGUCUUGCUGCUUUCCUGCAUUUUGCAUUGGCCAAAAUAAAUCGAAUCAAAUUAAGUGUCAGAGGGAUAGAUAAGCACAUUCCGGAAUAAAUAAAGUUUUAAAUGGUAGCCAUGGUGACUGUUAAGAACAUGUGCUGCUGCAGGUCUGCACAUCUCUACUCCUAGUGUCUGAACCCUUUACAGAUGAGGCCAGCACUGCCAAUCACAACUACUGGAUACCAUUAGGAUUGUGAUUUAGAAAAGCUUUUCAGCUCUGAGCUCUUAGCCCAAUUAUGCAAAACCUCUGUGCCAAGUUCACCUGAACUGUAUACUACAAUGCCUGCAUAAACCUUGUUAGUUGUCCUGUAAUAAAGAUGGUGAUAAAAUAUAUAUAUUCUAAGAGCAGAGAGAGAGUUGCCAGGUUAUCAUUAGCAUGCAUUUUUUGUGCUUUUGUAAAUUUGUAGGCCCAGAAUUAACUUUCCAUUAGCAGAAGGUCUCGCAUUGAGCUACUCAUUUUCUAGGUAGUUAUUCCUUAGCAAUACUCUCUAAUGACUACACUUGAAGCAAUAAAUAAAGCCAUGCUAAUCUCUUCUCUGUAGACUCUUGUACAACACCUAUCACCUUAACAAACCACCUUCUAGUCGAACAUUAAAUGGUGGAAUAAUGCCCUGGUAUGUAUUUGUCCUUCUAUCCUCUUCCUCACAAAAGAAGAGCAUGUAGUGGAAUCAUUUGAUUUUACAAGAUGGUGUCUUUUUGUUAGUUUUCUAAAAAUAUAUGUUGCUACUUACUUAAAUAAGGAAGAGCAAAAUCAGAACUGUAGAUCAGAAUUAGAAUUGGUUGUAAAGAGAGUAUUUUAAAAGUCUGCCCACUGAGUAAGACUGGUCUCACAUCCUAGAAAAAAUAGUACCGGUAAGAGGUGUAAGAUAUACCCAGAAAUGAUAAAUAUGAGCAAUAAAACAGGCAGGUAUAUAUAAUGGAUGACUUCUGCUUUAUACACAACAGUAAACAGAUGCUAAAACUGAUUAAUACCCAGAGAGAGCAAAUACUGUUUAAUCAAUUCUGGCAUUUGUUAUUACCAGUACACCUCUAAGGUGUUAUUUUUUCCUUCCUUAAUGAGGUUGGACUAUACUAUUAAAUCAAUAUCAGAGUUUCUGAACUCAUUGCAAAAGAGCAAGGUUAGGAGUAAAUAACUAUCAAGAAGAGAUUUUUUUAGAAGUGAGCCAUUGCAUGAGAGAACAGAUCGUAUGGAAAAGAAAAAGAGUUACUGACAGGUAUAUUUAUUUUAGAAGUUUCUAUGGCACUUCUGGUUGAUUGAAAUCAUUCUGAAACUGUAUACUUAAAGCAUGGCUGCCCAGUUCAGAUUAUUUGCAUUUGCUAAAAAGGUGAAGGUAAAAUUUUUAAAGUUGCACAAGGGACAUACUUCUCAAUCCCACUUUCUCUGCUUAAACACUAUCUCUUUCUGAAGGUUGAACCAAACUUUGCUGAGUGAUUCUGAGGUUCUGAGUGCCUAAAUAAGUUUUGGAAAUGUGGGUUAUAAAUCCAUAUCAUUUAUGUUUUUUUGAAGUGUUGUUCAUGAUGAUGUAUGAAAGCAAAUUCUAAGUACCAACCAGCAGCAAAGGUACAUUUUUUUAGUACUAACCUAGAUGAUGAAAUGUGGAUUUUUUCUAAUCUAUGCAGUUUUUUACACCUUUUUUCAAAGUGAUGCUCCCAGAUGAGUUGCUGUGAGUGUAUGAAUGUUCUGAUUUUCAGUGGGGAUGGGGCUUGUAACUGACCUUUAUAAUAUUCUGAGGGAUUGUAAGGGAGAAAGCACUGUUAAGCCAAUUCCAUCCAAUUUAACUCAUCCACUGAGGGAGUGUCAGGUGAUUCUAAGAUUUACUUUCUUAUUACAUCUCUAAGUUAAUCCUAUGUACUUGUCAGUGUUUAAGUAUGUAAGCAUUCCUCUCUGGAAACUUCUCGUAGGUCCUGCAAGUGUAUAGCGAAGAAUCUUACAGAGAGAAAGUGUCUGAAGAAAGCAAAGUAUGUGUGUAGGAGAGAGAAACUGUAUGUAGAAGUGCAGCUGAUGUUAGCUUUCAUCUAUUUGGAAGCUGGAUGACCCAGAGAUUAUUCAUACAUAGUGCAAGAAAGUACUGUACAUAAUGCCAUGAACUCUCAAGGCAUAAGGAUGAGUCCAUAAUCAUUAGAUUUUUAGUGGAAUUGCAUAAGAAAUGAUCAAUUUUUUUUAGGGUUUUGUUGGUUUGUUUGGUUUGGUUUUGUUUGGUUUUUUUUAAUAAUAAUUGAAUUUCUAGUUGCAUACUAAAAUUGUGGCAGAAAAAGAAAGCCUAAGAAGUUUAAAUGCAAAGAAUCUCCUGGUUUUUUGUAUUAUUUGACUUUUCUAGAGGUAGGACUAAGAAUUCCUUUGUGAGUUUCACCACUGAAUACAAAACUAGAUGUGAAAUAGAAACAAAGAGCCAUCUCUCCAAAUCAUCAUGUUAUUUACUGCUUGAUUCCUUCUUGGAAUAGUGGCAGUUAGCAAACUACUUAAGGAAUCCAUCGCUAUGAGGAAUGGAUAUCUGGUUUUUUUUAACAUUGAAAUGAUCAUUCUUCCUCACCAUUUUUCCCCCCCUGAAACAGUAUAUAGGUUGGUCUUUGCAAUCACUGGGUAAAAGAACAGGGGAGCAGAGGGCAAGGUGCUAGCUGAACAUUCUCUCACUAUGAUUAUAUUUACUAAAGCUUCUAUCUGACCUGUCCUAAAUUGUGUUAGUGUUGUUAUGCACUUGGAGUAGCCAGAUUCUCUGACAGGAUCUUGUGUCAGGCUCUGAAACAGACAAGUGGAAAGAUCCAGGGCUGCCACUCUACUAUACUGCUCCCAUAUUUCUCUCUUCUGUUUACAAGUGCCAUUCUGAAUCCUUAGACAUCUGUGGUGAUUUUCACCACAAUCAUGGUCAUGGAGGCUGUGGGAAGCUUCUUGGGAAGAAUCAAUAAUAUGCAGUCCUCUGCAGUGUGAACUGUCACUCUCUAGAGAAGAGGGAUUAGAAAUAGUAUUGUCCUCAAGAGCUGAGAAAACUUGCAGAUAAACAGUUUCUAUAAUUACCAGGAAAACAAAACAGAGAGGCAGGGUUGUGCAGCAGGUUGUCCCAUCUCAUACACACUGAUAUGAUAAUGAAAUCCAAACCCUGUGGAAUUGCAGGCACAUUAUUCUCACUUGCUUUGAAGGUCAGCUAAGAAGCUAAUUUCUCAAACGGGCUUAUAGCUCUGAGAAAACGUAACGCUAGUCAUUUCUUACAACAAAUUGCAGUUGUCAGAGAAACUGGAUUAGUAGCUCAUGGAGCCAAAAAUAGAUACUAUGGGCUUGCCAGAGAAGGAUUAAUUCAGUAACAAAGGUGAAGGUACAUCAAAAUAUCGUAACAUCUGGAGAAAAAGUAGCAAAAAAUGCUCAACUGAAAGCAAGUUACCCAUAAAAUUACGUUAAAAAUAGUCUGAAUCACAAAGCAGAGAACAGCAGUAUUUAGUCUUCAUUCUGUUUUAUUCACCUUCUAGAUCCACCUUGCAGUUUCUGCUUUAUCAGCUGGAUCAGUUUGGCCACAGACCUUUCAAAGUCAUGUACUUCAAGAAAGUCAUGUUAAAGCCAUUAUUUGAAUACUGGAGAAGAAGAGUAUUUGGCUUGACAGUUCUAUCUUCUUUGCAGGAGGGAGGGGGACAUAAUUUACUGCUAAAUGUAUUCAACUGAAAAAUAAAAACUAAAAUCCCCAAACCCAAAUCUAAUAACAGAGCUACAGAGAAAGCAAGUUUCUAAACCUCAGCAUCUUUACUAAAAAGUGGGUAAUUAUUUUCUAUUGCCUCAAACAUUUGCAUUUUAAAGAAUUCUCUUUUGUGCCAUGAUUUUGAAAAUUCGUAUUGCUAUAUUGCUACUUGCUUGGAUUUAACAAACUAAACAAAACAAACCAGUUCUUUAUUCUUCUUCAGUUACUUCUUUUCCAUAGCAGAGCAAUUCCACAAUUCUGCAUAUGACCCUGAAGGUGCAGCAGUGCACUGCAGAUAGGGAACCUCAGCCUGUCUGGUGAAGAUGAAAAGUUCUUCAAGGUAUAGGUUGGGUCUCAGCUGAAGACACGGCUGGUACUACUUUCAUGCAAUUUCUACUAUGACUUAAGUAAUUCUUUUUACUUAUGUAUUCAGAAGCUCAGGAAUAAUCUUCACCACUUUCUUUAGAAAUUCUUUCUGUAGCAUGUGUCUUUUCUGCACACCUGUUAUAAAAUCUCUGCAUUUCAGAUCUGAGGCAUUGACAAGUGUAGGGUAUAAAUAAUAACGUAUGUCAGCAAAUCCAAUAUCUGUGAAAAAUAUUUGCAAAGUAUUUAUGCUCAUUGUCUUUUAGAUUUCUUAUAAGCUAGAGUCCUUUUUGCAAAUUCUGUUGUUGCAGAAGCCUUUGGUCAUCAUUGUAAGAGAGGUCAAGACUAAUCUUGGUUUUGGGAUUUAAUUAGCAUCAAUGCCAUUUAUCUGGCAUUCACUGUGUAGCAUUAUUAUCGUGGCAUUAAGGUUCAGUGGUGAAACAGAAAUGUCAGGAUAAGCAGCACCAGCAGUUAUCUGCGUUGCCCAUCCUACGCAUUAUGUACACUUUCUAUGGCAUACUUUUUAUUUUAUAGAACAUGAUAUGACUGCUUAAAUAUGUAGAAAAAUAGUUAGGAAUAAAUAAUACAAAAUAUAUGGACAUUCCCUGAUAGCUGUCUUUAGAUAUGGAUAUGUUAUCAUCUACCCUUGGGAUUGCUCUGAACAAAUCAUGUAUCUUUGGCAUCUAUUCUUACUUCAGUGAAAGGCAUUGCCAUCAUCAUCCCUUUAGUUGUUAAAUUUCAAUUACUUUAGAGCCCAGAGAUUAAUGACACUGGUAUUUUUCAGCCAUGUAUUUUAAGAGAAUAGUAACUGUUUGGGUUAAUAUUUUCAGAGAAUAGUAACUGUGGUGGGCUCCACUUCUAGGACUGACUUGACAUUCCUUCUUGAUUUGAUAUUAAUCUUUCCCAGUUUACUAAAAUUCUGCUAAAGUUCUUCUUUGCAGAAUCCCAUGGUGCUUUGAAGAGGCUAUGUGUAUUCUGUUUGUGUAAUUACUGGUGUAACAUAUAAAUAUUAAGGCAUUUUCAGAUCACCAUUCUGGAGAGUCCAACCCAUGUUUCACAGCCACAUAUAAUUCCCUAAUUCUUUUUGCCACAUUGCUCUUCCUCUAUGGCCAACUUUAAAGAAGGAACUGAAUAUUACUAAAAAUUAUCUAGUGGUUCAUAUUUAUAUAUUUCAGUGGGAUAAAUUCAUGAUAAGGAGAAACUUUUGCAAAACAAGCUAGUGUUAUUGGCAUGAACUUCAGAGCCUAGGCUCAUAAAGUCAUAGUUCAGUCUCUCUCCAAAGCCUUUGAGAGCAAAUUGAACUCUGCAUGCAAUAUCUCACCUAGAAGAACUGAUAACAAAUUUCCAGUUGUCUGUCACUGUGAUCCUGGCUCUCCCAUCUAAUCAGGAGUCAUGAAAUUCAUGAAACCAAAAAUGGAAAAUCUCAUACUUCUGAUACUUGUUUAAACACUUUUUCCAGGAGUCAUCUCUAAUUCUGAAAUUGGUGAUUUAACUGGCAAUUCAUUCAGGCUCAUCUUCAUUUCCUCUACAGGUAAUGCUAGAGAACAAUUAACUUUGAUGCCUUAGAGUUGUAUCUUUCAACUUUUCCCUUUAAUUUCAGUGUUGCCAAAGUAAUAUCUGAGGGCUCAUUCAUGUCUAAGGUGGUCAAAAACAUCUUUAAUAACAGAGACAGACAUGUGAAGAUAGCCUGGAUAAUUGUAGGAAGAUGGAUGUUCACCUGAGUUCACAAUGCUCCGUUUUAGGAGUGGGAAUUUUAGGAAGAGUUAUGAGCUGCACAUUGUCUUGUUUCAAACUUCCCUGUUUUGGAAGUUGGAUAAAAAUAUUUGGUCCUCCUAAAAUGUGAGUGACCACCUCAAAGUCUGCACUCCUGUGGAAUGGCCAAAUCUCCCCUCAGUGCAAAUGCUUUUUGUGUAAUUCCGUAAUACUGGUUUAGUGUUGUCUUAUAAAGCUUCUCUGAAAAGAUGUACAAGCAUUCUGCACUAACAAGAUUACAACCUUGCACUAUCAACAAUGGAUGCUUAGCAUUAAAAUAAUCUUGGAUGCCAUUAAAGACUACUAAAGCUCUAUCAAGGUUUAGAGCACUGUGAUGUUUGUGAACCGAAGCUGUUUGUAUAAAAUUUCUUACAGAUAAAAAGAUAAUCUAAUUAAUGACGCUAUUUACAUUUUAGUAAUACACAGAGGAGAUAAGGUGGUGUCUCUAGACUUUUCUGCCAACUUAGGGGUUAAGAGAUUAAUUUUAGUACUCUGUAGAUCUGAACAUUAUUUUAAAACAUCAGCCUGCAAUCUACUGGGAAGGGAUGUGGCAGGUUAGAUGUUUUUAGGUUUUGCUGUGAGAUGGCAUGAACAGAAAAGGUCAGAAAGCAUACAAGCCAAGAUCUUCCCACACUGAAACCAAGGGAGUAAUUGCAAAAUUGAAUCUGGUUACUUGUCCUGUAACUAGCUGUUCUGCUAAGGAAUCCACCUGUCAAUGGAAGCAGAGUCCAUACAAACUAUCACAUGCUGCAUUUCAGUUUUUUUACUGGGAGUUGUUUGGCAGACUUAGUGGUCUGGAAGUUCCAGUAAGUACCUCUGGUUGAAAGUUGCUAUUUCAGUUAUUAUUGCUUCCCCAAAGCAACCAAAGACUUACUUACUUGAAAAAAAACAAACAAAAACCAAUGAAGUUUGGUUUUGUCAUUUGUGUCUUUAACUGUGAGCAGUUGAAGUGCAUGAUAUAUGUACCAACCAGGCCUGUACUGUGUCAUUGAGCAGGUUAUUCAAGGCCACAGCAGCAGUAUAACACAUCCGAAUUCAGUAUUAAUCCCUCCGUGGUAAUAUGAGUCUAUGUAAAAAAUUGAUGUGCCAUAUGUGUAGACCAUGGGAAAUUUGUGUGUGCAGUGAACUAUAUAUGGUCUUAAGAGCUUUAACAUUUGUACUGCUCUUCCUAUAACAAUGUGUGUCUUGAUAGCUGUGACCUUACGGGCUUCUGGAAAAAAUGUAAUCUAAAGUUUAUUCUUCUUGUUUUAAAAUCACUGCUUUGUGAGUAACUGUUUACACAGGCCUGCAUACAGCAAGGAGUCUUUCUUCAUGUGUUGCUGGGAAAUAGAAAAGCAGAUGCUAUUUGUAAAUCUUGCAGGCUUGCAGAGAUCAGUGAAUGCCUUUCCUGAAUCUCCUCCUGAUAAGCCACUUCUUUUUUCUAGCAAAUGCAAACAGUGCCAAUAGUCUGGGCCUUCCUUAGAAGAAACUAAUAAUUUGUUAAACGGCCUUGUUCUGUUCUGCUUCUAUUGAUACUUCUUAAUUUUAUCUUUUUGCCUCCUUUUGAGUAGACUUUGGUGAUAUGAUUCUUCCAAAGUGUAGCUGAGGACAAACAGUUUGCCUUUUUUUACCCUUCCUUUUUCAAAGCCACUGAAGGCUUCAAACAAGAAGAAAGAACUUUACAAAACUCAUGCAGGUAUGUUGUUAGCAGAUAGCAGAAGGAUAAAACGGCCUUCUAAGAGUACUCCAGAUUAUCUUUUAACAGCAUGCCUGCACUAUGUUGUGACUUGUCAUCUUGCUUUCAUAGUGUGCCCUACUAUAAUGGUGUUUGUUACAAUGAGGUCCUUUUAGUUUGUUCUAAAAGAUUUUACUUGUUUGUCACCAUAUUAGAAACACAAUGUGCACUCUAUAAGAAAAGCAAUAUACAAUAUACUCUCAUCUAUUUCAAUGCUUCUAGUUUUAGGCUAGUAUUCAUAUAAAUGUUUAUAAUCAAAAUACAGGUUUUCUUGUUCUUCACAGGACCAAGCAAAAUUUUGCCUUGUCUAAAUAUGAACAGUUAUCUAAAUACGAACAGUAACACUCUUUUCUCAUGCUUCUAGUUAACUUGUGGUGGGCUCCAUCCUACUGAUUCCCCGUUAAUGCAUUUGAAAUGGAAAAGUAAUGAGCUAUUUCAGUGCAUGACCUUUGCACAGUACCUGAUUCAUAAAGAAAUAGAUCCAAUAUUUCAUUUAUGAGUUACUAGUGAUCAGCAAAACAACAAAAACCCUUUGAAGUUCAGCUGAGUAGGUUCUGGAACUCUUGCAUUGCUUAUUCAGUUUCGCAGUUUCUUGAGUCAUUAAAAUGGAUAUAUUUGAUGAAACCUUUGCCACAGACACUGGCACCAGUCUUCAUAAAAAACUGUUCAAAUUUCUGUUUCACAUUUUAUGUGGAAGUGUGCUGUAAUGGAGCAAUUAUCUGGAUUAAAAAAAAGAAUCAUACAAGGUUUCUUCAAGACAGUUCUCACUUUAUUUGACCUAGUCCUCUGGUAGGUAGCUCACUUUAAUUAUUUUUUGUCAUAUUAGUAACACAAUAUCCAUAAAAAUGUUCUCCAGAGAAACUCCACUGAAGAACAUUUUUUUCCUAAUUGUGACCAGAAUACCUCUAUUUCAGAGCUAAGUCACUGAAGAGGUGAUCAAAGAAGGCAGAAUAUUAAGACAAAUCGAGAAAUUUUACACACAAAAAAAUGUGUGUAUAUGGUUAUAAAAGUGCUACAACAGGGAAGUUAUUGGUUUUUUUCCUCUUUAACAUUUGCUGAUAUACGUAAGAACUGCUUAUAAAAUAUUUAUUUUGUCCCUCACAAUCUUUCUUUUGAAGCCAAGAGAGCUUCAAAGUAAAAAAAGUUACUUGAUUGCUUUGCAUGAAUUACCUAGUAAAUGCAAUCCAGACACCAAGUCCACCCAGAUGCCAAGUCCAUCCAGACUGAUUUCAGUUGUCACAAAGGUAGCUAAAUCACUGGAAGUCAUUGACAGAGCUUGGUUUUGUAAGCACUGUAAUAAGACAAUAUGAAGUGCUUCAGUUCAGUUACAUCACCAGCUGCCCAAAAUACCACCCAGACUAUUUUUCUCUCCUUGCUUAAAAAGGCAAAUAAUUAGCUUAAGUCUGUGUCUUUGCAUUAUUCAAGUUCUCAUAUGUGAAGACUGCAUCUGGUAGUAUGUUGCAGUCUUGUUUUCCCAUGACAGAGAAGAUGGUUUAUCUCCUUUGUGAUACCUUUUUUUUUUUCUGUCUGGAAUUUGUUGACAUCUCUUCAACCAUGUCAAUAGCUUUGUUUGGGCUGCUCAAUGCCUGGAAAUCCUGGAUAAAAGACCACAUUAAACAUGUGCAGAACAAUUGUUUAUAUCAGGAGAUAAGUUUUGUAUGGAUAUUUUAUGUUUACUGCUAGGGGCAGACCAACUUUUCAAGGGCACUGGGUUCACCUUAUGCUGUAGAACUGAUGUGUAUGGGCACAACACAUGUUGACACAUUGCUCAGCUAGUGUAGAACAUGUGGUCGUGCAUUUCAGUGUGGCAAAUCUCAAGGAAAAAUUAAAUUUGCAGCAUUUGGAAUUUCAGAUGUUGGCAGGAGUACAGGAUUUGUAUUACCUACUCUUUCUUGUGUCAUGAAAACUCUCUGAAAUUAUAAGAAAAUAAGAAUAAAAAAAAAAGAAAUAAAUUAAGUCAAUUGUAAGGCAGAGCUCAUUUAUCAAAUUUCGUGUUCCACAUGUGGAACUAACACCAUUCAAAUACAGUAGUCAACACUGAUCAUCCAUCUCAUAGGAGCUCCAUUUCUGUUUCCAUAGAUAAAUUUUUUACUGAGUAGAUAUAAUAUAAUACUGCCAUGGGGCAGGAGGUGACAGUCUUUUUUAAUAACCACUGUUUAAAAAUUGGUUGCUGAAAUGGUCAAUACCCAAAAACCCUACUGCGACAUGGCAAGUAGGGUUCUCUUUCCAGCAAGGUUUUGUGGUAGGAACUUUGAAUGUUAUUGUGAAUCAGGAUUGAUCAGUGGUGGUCCUAAGCCUUCACAAAUAAAGCAAAUUAUUGCAUCACAGUCAAACUCCUGGCUAGUACUGCCAUGCCAGAAACCCCGUGUUCUGAACAAUUGGAGGCUUCCUACCUCCUGGUAAUCCUUGCAAAACAAAACGAUGUGGCUCCUGUUUUACAGAAUAGGAGUCCUUGUUUGGGCUAAAAGUCUGCAAAGAGCUCUGUAACUGUAUCCUACACCCCUUGCUGUGCAAAACCAUCACUGGCCUGAUUUUGCAAGAGUUACCUUUGCUGGGUAACGCACAGUCUGUAAACAGAACCAUAGUCCAGUACGUUAAUGUGUAGCUCUUUCCAUCUAGGGACAGGACAGUGCUUUUCCCUGACAUGCAUUUGGAUUUAAAGCUUAGUUACAUGGGCCAUUUAGGCUGCAGUUCCACGUGUGCUCAGGUGAACAGUGAAGAAAGGACCAGGGGCCUCAUGCCAGGCCUAGUGCAGAUGCUGUGAGCCAGGGUGGGGCACUGCGGCCAUACCUCAUCGGGUGGUCAUAGCGGGGACUCACACACCCAGUGUCUAAUGCAGCAUUCCAAAUAUCUAAGGAUUUAUUUUUCCAUACAUUCUACACACAUGCCUAUGUAUUUUAUGAAUCAGGUCUGUGAUCAAUGUUUUGAACAACUCGUUUGCUGCGGUUUCAUGGGGUUAUUAUCUCUUUGGUUUGUAUUGUAAAUAAUAUUGUACAUCUGCUACUUUAUGAUACAAAUGCCAUGUGAAUUGCUUAUUUUUAAAAUGUUACUACUCUGUUAUGGUUUAUUUGCAAUGCCAUCUGACAGUAUUGGUUUAAUAUACAAUGUAUAUGUAUGGCAUGAAUUAAAUUGCUUAUAUUUUGCAAUGUCGAAUAUUUUAUUUUUGUUUUUUAAAAUUACUACAUUUCAUCCUAUGCAGAUCCGUAAAUGUUUCUUAAGUGGCUCAUUAUGUCUGAAAAUAUUGCUUCCUCUCCAGUAGUGCAGCCAUAAAACUAGUAUUUCUGAUCAAAAUCAUCAGAUAUAUCAUCUAGAAAUUUCAGAUUAGAAAUAUAUGUGCAAAUAUGUAAGCAUUUAUAGUUAAUCAGAACAUCUACUAUAUCUUCCUUGCUUUUCAUGUAAUGAUACAUUUUAGUUAUUUUGUAUGCUUUUUAUUUGUAAUUAUUUGUGACUCAUACACAGUGUAAAUAACAUGUUUCAUUAUGCAAGAUUUCUAGGUAUUCAAGAUUAAAAAAAGUCGAAUUUGUAUAUGAAAAGAAAUUGACGGUAGAUUGGAAUGACAUAAAGUGGUGAUGACUAUGUUCUAUUUAUACUGUUCAUUUCCAAAUUGUCUGUUAAAGAAAAAACAUUUAUUUGUCCUUUAAUGUUCAAUCAUUUAUUUGCAGCAUAUUUACAUCAAUAAAUCAUGUAAAAGUCUAUUAAAGUCAUAAUGCAUCAUUGAAA